GCAGCCCGUGGGGGGGGGGGGGGGAUGGGGGGCAGGUGGAGGGGACGGCCCAGACGCACAUCAUCCACGGCCCCUCGGGACUGGAGGGACUCGUGAGCCGGAGCCCAGAAAUCCGGGGGUGGACAAGACACCGCGUCCCCUCCAAUUCCCCUGCCACCUCCCUGUCCACUGAGGAUCCCCUUCCAGCUUGUCCACCCAGGCAGGGUGAGCCCAGAGGAGGCUCCUGGUCUCAGCUUCUGCACCGACACCGGGGCUACAGGUCAUCACGCCAGCUAGUCAGAACACCAUCUGGAGAAGCUCAGAGACCCCGUCUCCCUUUUCUCUGAGGGACUCUUUUUGGUGACCACGAAAGAAUUUGGUCACUUAGGACAAAGCUGCCAGAGGGCAGAGAGCACGCAAGGCUGUGGCCAGCAGUUCGUGAACCAGGCUCCCCGUGGAAACAGCACAGCCUGGGGCACGUUCACCUCAGACGCCAAGUUCUCGUUUCGCGAUCUGUCUUUGCCACUUACAACCUUGUGUGGUUGUCAGGAGCUCUGGACGACGGCUGGAGGCCCCACAGAGUCCCUGCAGGCGGUGCCCAGGGUUAUGCACCAACGAUGAGUGGGUGUUUUCCAGUUGCUGGCCUCCGAUGCCUGUCUAGGGUAUGUCGCAGCCUGGCUCGGGAAGCUCCUACCUCCCCAGGCCCCACUGCUUCUCUUGGUGCCCACUUCCUUCGGACUCUGGCAGAAACCCCACCCGCUGACGUGUUCCUCCCAGGGAAUUGGUCUUGGAUGUGCCAGCGCCUCUGGCCGUGGCCCGCUAACCAGCCUCUCCCCGGCCGGCUCGCGCCGCGCCCCCUCUCGCUUGCUCCCUCCUCCUCCUCCUCCUGCUCCUCUCCCCCCUGCUCCCAGGACGGCGGGAUGGCGGCGCAGGGCGCGCCGCGCUUCCUCCUGACCUUCGACUUCGACGAGACGAUCGUGGACGAAAACAGCGACGACUCGAUCGUGCGCGCCGCGCCGGGCCAGCGGCUGCCCGAGAGCCUGCGGGCCACCUACCGCGAGGGCUUCUACAACGAGUACAUGCAGCGCGUCUUCCAGUACCUGGGCGAGCAGGGCGUGCGGCCGCGGGACCUGCGCGCCAUCUACGAGGCCCUGCCCCUGUCGCCCGGCAUGAGCGACCUGCUGCAGUUUGUGGCCAAGCAGGGCUCCUGCUUCGAGGUCAUUCUCAUCUCGGAUGCCAACACCUUCGGCGUGGAGAGCGCGCUGCGCGCCGCCGGCCACCACGGCCUGUUCCGCCGCAUCCUCAGCAACCCGUCGGGGCCCGACGCGCGGGGGCUGCUGGCGCUGCGGCCCUUCCACACGCACAGCUGCGCGCGCUGCCCCGCCAACAUGUGCAAGCACAAGGUGCUCAGCGACUACCUGCGCGAGCGGGCCCACGACGGCGUGCACUUCGAGCGCCUCUUCUACGUGGGCGACGGCGCCAACGACUUCUGCCCCAUGGGGCUGCUGGCGGGCGGCGACGUGGCCUUCCCGCGCCGCGGCUACCCCAUGCACCGCCUGAUCCAAGAGGCGCAGAAGGCCGAGCCCAGCGCCUUCCGCGCCGGCGUGGUGCCCUGGGAGACGGCCACCGACGUGCGCCUCCACCUCCAACAGGUGCUGAAGACGUGCUGAGGACCGCGGCCUGCAGGGGGCGCCCGGGCGGAGAAGGGGGCGGGGUGGGGGGCGGGGAGAUCGGGAAGUACAAAACCUAGUUUUCCUACUCCCUUUUCCCUUUCGCUUUGGUAUGUCCCUCCGGGAAUUUCGGGAACUCCGGGCUCGUCCAUCUGGGGGCCGGGGGAGAGAGUUCGGAGCCGUCCCUAUCUAUGCAGUUAACCCGGCUCGGCCGCCCCCCGCCCCGACCCAGUUCCACUGCAAUGUUAAAUUCUGGAGUCUGGCCCCCCACCGGGGUGGUGCGCAUGCCUGGAAGGCAGCCGUGUUUUCCAAAAAGACCUCGCCCUCCGAACGGAGAGGCAGGGGUUCCCUGGCGGGGUGGGGGAAAGGAACAUCUCCCACUGCUUUCACUGCUGCCUUGGGCCGCGAAACCUUCCCUCUCCCCCAGUUUUCUGUCAAGGGGACCCGGGUCCCGAAAUCCUCCCGGCCGCGCCGCAGUCCCGGCGGGGAGAGAGGAAGCCCUCUGCCGAGGGCCUCAGGCCUAGAUCUCGCUUCACCUAUUGCGUCCCCACACUACACCCUUUUUCCUUUUUGCCCCCCUUCCCGCGCCCGCCCUGCCAGCCUCCCCAAAGGGGGAAGGAAACAAAAAAAAAAAAAGCCAGAGGGAACAGUCGCCUCCUGGUGGUGGAACGAGGUAGCGCACAGUCCGGCUCGGGUCCUUCCAGCCAGGGACCUCGCCGCGCGCGACGGUGUCUCCUCCUCUCACCCCAGCCUCGUCUAUGCAGCAAAAGACCAGGGACUUUACCAAAGUCGCCCCGCGGGCUGAGCCCUCUGCGCCCCCCUCCUCCCGUAUGGAACAGAAAGCCAUGAUGUUUUCAAGCAGAGCCAGCGAAAGCCAAGCCCCUCCUCCCUCUUUGGUGUUCUACCGCUAUAAAGGAGGUGAAGGGCAAA